GAUAAAUUUGUAGAUGGAAAGUUGAUCUGCGUGGCAUAAAAGUUGACCUGUAACAUAAUGUCAGAUUUUAUUAAAAGAUAAGAAAAUAUCUUUCACUUCCAUAUUUUUCCACGUUUUAUGCUCAUUUCCUACAUCACUUAUUUAAGACGAACAGUCCUAUUCCUUCCCCCCCUACUAAUGACUAAUGGGCAUUUCAUAUGAUAUAAAAUUUCUGAAAUUCUUAUUACAGUAUAUUUGGAGUCUGUGUACUCUCACCAAUAGUUUGGCAGUCGUCAUCUUAGGUUGAAUAAAGCUUGCUGAAAAACUAUUUGUGAAAAGUUGCAGUAAUGUGAUUUAAAUUGGAAAUGAAAGUUUGUAAUGGAUGUUUUGAUAUAAAGUGACAUUAGAAAAAAAAAUGGAAUUCCUUUUGGUCUUGGAAGCACAACUAUGCACUCUAUUAUAUCAGUAUGUAAAUAUGAUUUCUAAAAGUACAUGCCUAUGCAUUACAUGUGUCAUUGUAGAAAUGUGAUUUUUAAUGGUAUAUAUAUCUGAUUCUUUUAUAGAGAUGAUGAAAGAAAUUUUCAAGUUUUAACGAUUAUUAUUAUGCUGUACAUAUUAUAGAUAUUGAUGUAAAGGAGAAAAGGAAAUAAAUGAAAAGAGGAAAUUAUAAUUCUUAUUUUUACACGAAUGAAAUCUACAUUAUUUUCUAAAGUGUUUUUUGUGGGAUUACACUAGCGAUUAACCCAAUCGUCCCGGGUUUAUGUCCUCUGUAUUUUUUUUAUUUAUUUUAAUUUUUUUAUUUAUUUAUUUAUUUUUUUUGCUAAUAGAUGGCUCCCUGUGUGCUCAGCCACCAAGAAAUGAAUUAGUAUGCCCUGAUGACCAUAUCUGAUUUUCCCAAGCCUUGAAUUUGCAGAAAUAUGUUUUUUUAUUUUGUUACUAUUGAUAUCAAUGCUCUUGUUGUUAUUGAAAAAAUACAAGAGUCAAGGAAAAACAUAAAUAGAAGAAAUAGGUUAGACUCUUGAUUCAUUAACCCCUUGGUGACUAAGCACAUGUGGAGCCAUCUCUCUGUAAACAUAAUUGAUAUACUAAAAUUACAGUGGACAUGGUGUUUAUUUUUGCUAUCCUGGCUGAUUGGGUUAAGAUCUAAGAAAAAAAGGAAAACUAUAGUAUAAAAAAGUGAAAAAAAGUAAAAGGAAAAAAAAAGAGAUUUUGCUAUUUUGUUCCUAGUAAGAUGAUGAAGUUGCGCGUUCUCAGGGCAGUCUCUCUUGUAGGUGGAUGUGGACUCACACGAGCGGAGAGGUUUGGACGGCGCUUUACUGGGAGCUCUGAGUAGCCAUCAAGUGCCCUCACGCCCAUGCCCCUUCUGUGGUCGGUUAUUCCGUCACUCUGGAGUGCUCACAAGACACAUCAGAACACAUACAGGGGAGAAACCCUUUAUGUGUCCUCACUGUCCAUAUCGGGCAAACAGGAAAUCCCAUGUGGAAGAACACUGCAAACGCAAACACCAGCCAUCACAACCAGAUGCAACCUUUGGAUACAAGUGAGGGUGGUAGGUGGGGAGAACCCAUCGCUGGUGGUGGAGAGGGGACGCUACACCUGUAACUUCUGCUCCAGAUCAACCUUCAAGAAAGAAGACAUGAGGAGGCAUCUGCGAACUCACACAGGAGAGAAACCCUUUAUUUGCCCCCACUGCCCUUACCGAGCAACUCAGAAAGCUCAUGUGAUUGCUCAUAUAAGACGGAAACAUUGUGCUCCUGUCUUUGUCUUGCCAAAUACCUAUGAAAGUAUAAAGAAGGAAAGUGCUAAGACCAUAGAAUUAGAUAAAAUAGUGGGCUGUGACGUGCUCCGGCAGCGAGAAGUUUCAACAUAUUUGUGCCCCUACUGCCGGUCAGUCUCCUUCAUGAGUAUGAGUGAUCUACGCCGUCACGUUCGGAUCCACACAGGGGAAAAGCCUUAUGCCUGUCCUUUCUGCCAGUACCGAGCCAAGAGGACAACUCACUUACAAGAUCAUAUGCGAAGGAAACAUCCAAGUCCAAUUAGCUCAGAGAACUCUGCAGCAUCUUCAGUGCCUGCAGCCAAUGUGGAGUAUGACGAGUGGCUACAAACUGUUGAUCGCCGUACCCUAACGUGCCCUUACUGUUUGAGGUCCACCUUCAGGAAGCAACAUGAUCUCAAGCGUCAUCUCAGAACUCAUACAGGAGAAAGACCUUAUCAGUGUCCAUUAUGCCCUCAUCGUGCAGCAACGGAGCCGCUGGUCUGUCCAUACUGCCAUAGAUCCACCUUCAAGCAGAAGAGUGACCUUAAGCGUCAUAUUCGGAGACAUACCGGGGAAAAGCCAUACCAAUGUCCAUUGUGCAACUACAGUGCUGUAAGGAGCGACUACGUACAGGAUCACAUGAUGCGGCGCCAUGGACAGUCAUCCAAAGGACGUAAACGAAUUAGCAAUCAAGAAUGGACAAUUGGAUAACCAUAUGCAAUGGGUAUUAGGUUUUCUGAUAUUAAGUUUUCCUUGAGAGGAAGAAAGUGCUUAAAUAUGAAUAUUCUUUUAUGUGAUACAUGGAAUAAUGUGAUAUCUUAAAAUCUCUGACAUUCAGAUAACAUCAUCAUAGUUGUAGCUGUUAAAAAAAAAAUUAUGUAAGAAUAUUGGUCUUAUAAAAAGGGCUACUUUAAAUCAGUAUAACUAGUUUUUUUCUUCUACCUAUUCAUCUGUGUGUGCGUGUGUGCAUGUGCAUGUGUGUGUGUGUGUGUGUGUGUUUGUUUGUUUGUUUGUUUGUUUUGGGGGUGACUACAUGUGCAUAUGUUUUUUUUUUUUUUUUGUGUUCUUGUCUGGGUUAAAAUCUGUCUCUUUAUUGUUAUUUGAUAGAAAUUAAUGUUAAUCUCAAGGGAGAUGAACACCCGCUAAAUGAAAAUGGGAAAAGAGCUUUCAUUAUAGGUAUAAAUUCUUACAAUUAUAGGAUAUUUAUUGUAAGAAAUUUAAGUUUUGAUUCUAUAGAUGUAAGCUUCUUAACCUGAUGAAUUUUAUAUGAAAGUUUCUGGCUUUCUCUCCAAUAAGCAAGGACAGAAUAAAUAUUUUUUUUAUUGCAUUUUCUUAUAUAAAUUGAAAAAGUUUGAGGAAAAGUAUAAGAAAAGUCAUAUAUAAGUUCAUUACUUAAAUUAGUUCAGCAGUAAUGAAAGAAUGAAUUUGCAUUUACAAAUAAUUUUACAACUUGCCCCC